AUGACUUCUGCUACCGACGGACAAAAGAAACAAAGAAAACCAUUACUUAUUAACGCCUUUGAUAUGGCUUGCCCAGGUCUUCAAACCCCAGGUCUUUGGAAACAUCCAGAUGACAAAUCUAGAGAUUACAACACAAUUGAAUACUGGACAAACUUGGCCAAGUUACUUGAAAAAGGGAAGUUCAAUGCAUUGUUCAUUCCUGAUGUUUUAGGUGGAUAUGAUGUUUACGAAGGCCCUGGGAAUAUAGCAGCAGCAGCUAAAUCAGGAGCACAAUGGCCAGUUAAUGAACCUAGUGCUGUUAUUUCUGCCAUGGCUGCAGUAACCAAGAAUUUGUCUUUUGCCGUAACUGGUGCUACAAUAAGUGAAGCACCAUAUCACUGGGUCAGAAGAUUAGCCACUUUAGACCACUUAACCAAGGGUAGAAUUGGGUGGAACAUCGUUUCUGGUUAUUUAGACAGUGCUGCCAGAAACUUGUUAAAUGGAGAACCAUUACCUGACCAUGAUGCCAGAUAUGACCGUGCUCAAGAAUAUUUGGAAGUUGUUUAUCAAUUGUUCUUGUCAUCAUGGGCUGAUGAUGCUGUUGUAUUAGACAAGAAGAGAGGAAUCUUUUCUGAUCCCGAAAGAAUCAGAGAAAUUAAUUACCAGGGUGAAUUCUUCAAGGUUCCAGGUCCUAACAUCACUGAACCAACUCCCCAAAGAUUACCAGUCAUAGUACAAGCUGGAUCGUCCUCGAAAGGGUUGAAGUAUGCUGCUCAAAACGCAGAGGCUGUCUUCAUUGUUGGUAUGACCCCAGAAGGUUUGGGAUACAAGAUUAAGCAAUUAAAGGAAGAAGUUAAAAAAGCUGGCAGAGAUCCAAACUCUGUUAAAGUUGUUCAAUUAGUCACUGUUAUUGUUGCUCCUACCCAUGAAGAAGCUGUGGCUAAAUUCAAAGAAUACAAGGAAUUAAGUGAUAUUGAAGGUGCACAAGCUUUGUUUGGUGGUUGGACCGGGAUUGAUUUAGCACAGUAUGGAUGGAAUGAUGAAUUAGAUAAGCUUGAAGGUGAAGGUAAUGCUAUUAGAAGUAUGAUUGAUACAUGGACCAAACCAUUCCCUGGGGAUCCAGAAAAUCUUAAAAAGACUCGUGCUUAUAUAGCUGAUAGAGUUCGUAUUGGUGGUUCUGGUGUUGUAUUCAUUGGUACACCUGAAGAAGUUGCUGAUGAAAUUGAAGAAUGGGUCGACGUUUCUGGCGUUGAUGGGUUUAAUUUCACUUAUACUAUUACUCCUGGUUCAUUUGAAGAUCUUGUUGAAUUAUUAAUUCCAGAGUUAAGAAGGAGAGGUUUAGCUUGGGAUGACUAUCCUAAAGAAGGACUCACCUUUAGAGAAAACAUUUAUGGCUUAGACCGAGAAGAACCUACCUAUCUCCCAUCAGACCAUCCAGCUUACAAUUUAAGAUGGAGGGCUGGUGAAUCCCGGCAAGAAUUUGAAGUCAAGUUGAAAAAGACAUUGGAAGAACGAUUUAAGAAAUCAAAGUAG